UUUGAAGUCAGACUGAGUUCCGGUGUGUGGCGCGCGAGGUUUGUUUUGGAGGCAGAGGCAGACUAGCUAGCAAGUUGACUCUUAAUAAAACUUCUCUGUGAGUUUAUAUCGUGUCUUUGUGGAUUGUUAUCAACACUUUGUGAAGAGUUUCAUCGAGACAUGAAAGUGAACAGUGGUUCGCCGCCAUGGUGUGCCACAUAGCAAACUUUAGGGAUUACAUAAAUCAGCUGGAAUGGAUUUACCCUCAAAAAACAUGUACGAUACAUACAAAGAUGACAUCUGGAAAGAGUUGGGGCCCCUGGACCCCGACUGGUUUGAGUCACUGACCGCUCAGACAUUCACUCAUGAGGGAAAUGUCUCUGAUCAAGAUGACCUGUUUGCAAACCAGGAGGAAAGUUUUAAAACACCUUUUGACAAAGCUGCAGUAGAGAGUCAGCUGUUUUCAACCCCCAAAGUUUUCAGACGCAGUCGAAUUGUGUCAUCUGAAACUGAGGAUGAGCAGUCGUUCACUGGUGAACAAGAAAAAGAAACAUUGCCAUGGACAGCAACACAAAGUCCAUAUUUGUUUCAGACGUCAAAAGAGCGGGUCCCAGGUGCGAAAUAUGGAGGUUUCCAGCCUGACUGUCAGGACAGUUUUGAACUGCUUCAUACCCCACAAAAGUCCCCAGUCAGCCAUGGCAAGCAUAUAUCUGAAAGUCUUGCAGCACAUAUUCAUCCUGAUAUGUCAUGGACCAGUUCUCUGAACACCCCACCAGCAGUACCAUCCACCCUAAUUUUAUCCCAAACUGAUGAGAGCCCCUGUCCAGCGAGUGUUUCUACAGAAAAAAAUGUUGUUUUUGUACGGAAGCUUUUCCCUUCUCUUUCAAAUACAUCCAGAGUUGAAGUACUGUCACCCAAAAACAAUGACACACCUACUGUUCACCAAGAUGUUGUUUCCCCUGAGGCUGGUCAGAAUCCAGAGUCCCAUGACUCCCCCCAGAGUUCACUGAAUCAGAGCGGCAGCGUUUGGAAACAGAAGCUACCAGAUGCAAUCGAGGAUGGAGAAAUUCGCCGAACGGUAGCGAGUGUUCUUGAUGGAGCUGAGAAUGUUCUGUCUAUAUUUUUCACCAACAGUAGUUCAGCACUGAGAAAAGUGAAGACUGACAGGAUCAAAAGGAAGCAAAUCAUUCCAACAAAAGGACAUGGCUGCAGCUCUACGGACAUCUCGUCGACAAACAAUGCUGCAUCCAGCGAACAGAGAGCAGCUGAUCAGGAGCCUGGCAGACUUCCCUCACCCCAACCGGGGAAAACUGGAGAUAUUGGAAUCACCCAGUGGUCUCCGUUGAGUUUAUCUGAAAUCCCACCUUGUACUGUGGAUGCUGGUCCUGCGACACGAGUGGAAAACAAUAUUUCAACAGAACAACUGUGGAAUGACUCUGAUUCUGGCCGGCUCGUGAGGCUACAUAUGAAACUUACAGACUCUGGAUUUACUAAGAAAAAGAGAAAAUUUGUUUACUCUGUUGUGACUUCAAAACCACAAGUUCAAGGAAAAGAAACACACUUUCAGAAGAUGGACUCAUCACCAGGGAUUCCAGAUUCUGAGCAAGAAGUUAAUGUGAAGCAGUCGGGGAAAGCUCCAGAUGAAGCAGACGGUUGCAGUAUCUGGAAGAAUGAGGUGCAAAAACUGGGAAAUCUCGAAAAUCUACCUCCCUCUGUACAAGCCAAAGUCCAGGGUAUUGACAUGUCGCAGCUUUGCAGAGAUUUUGCACAAGACUUCAGUCAAAUGUCCGACCCCUGUAAACUGAGUAAAGUCGCAGAGGACAUUCCUCGAAAUGGCUUCUCUCCAUCAGCUUGUCUGUCGGCCAUGAAACGAGCGAAGCAGAAAGCAACUCAAGCAAGCAUUCACCACGACCGUGAUGACGUCAGUAACGGACAACAUGUUUCUACCACGAAUCAAAAUAACGCUAUCAUCGAGGGCACAAUAAAUGACAGUGGAUUCCAGUCUGCUGUUGUAGAUAGCACUCACAUGACUGCAUCAUCAUUUGUUCUUCCCAGCUCAGAGAUCAGUGGUGAUCAACAGUGGGCUGGCUUCUUUAAAACUGAUAUCCAUAGGACCACUCCUUUCACAUCUAGUGAAGGACACGGAAAAGCAAAUUUGGAUGAUAUGUUACAAGAAGCUGAAAGGGAUGCCAAGCCAUCCAGCGCAAUCGAUGAACGCCAGACACCGGGCCCUGAGAGCACAUCAGCACAGCCACCCAGCAGUGCAAAAGGAACUGUUGAUAGCAUUAAUUGCAUUCCACUUAAUGGUCACGCUCGUGGCAGUCUGCCAGAGAAAACAGUUUCUCUUCCUUCCGUCCCUCCAUCAGGAUUCAAAACAGCUUCACAUAAGGGUAUACGCAUCUCUUCAGCCAACCUGGCGAGAGCCAAGCGUCUCUUUGAAGAGGUUGAAGUGGAAGGAACUUUAAGUGACCAGCCCAUCAAAUGUGCCAGUGAAACUAAAGAUGCAAUGAGCACGAGUCACGGAUCAGUGAAAAAUCCAACCACUAACUCAAACCAACCGCUUUCUUCAAGUGAAAAAAAUGUGGAUAGCAGUUGCCAGUUAUCAGCGUCACAAAAAGCUGAUGUGACUGAGCUGUGCACUCUCUUGGAAGAAGCAGAUAGCCAGUUUGAAUUUACACAGUUUAAAACAGCAAAGCUAAAACAACAAGAUAAUGCCACGUCUCCCCAAAAAGUUGACAAAGACCUUGACCCUGAUUUCCUUUCGGGUAUAGAUUUUGAUGACAGUUUUAGUUCAGAAGCUGAAAAGCACCUGGCAGCGACUGCAAUGCCUGACAAAAUUACUUUGGUUUCAGAUGGUAAAACAAAUUGUGAAACAUCCGACGUCACAAGUAAAUCCACAGGUUCGUCAAGUGCAAUGAAAAAGGAAAAUUCCCCUCGUGAAGAUGCGUCUUCCUCUUCAAAGCACAUCUCUGACAGAGCAGGGCGCACUGAAAUAAACAAGCUGGAGAACAAAAAUCCUUUAAUGCUUGGUGUGGGAUUUAAGACUGCAGGAGGAAACGUUGUGAGAGUUUCAAAGAAGUGUCUGAGUAAAGCCAGAGCUUUGUUUGCAGAUUUAGAGGAGAAUCUUGUGACGUGUCAUAAAUCGCCGGACAAGCAAAGCAGCGAAACGGAUGCUAAAAUGCAGCAUAAGUGCAGUGUGGAUAAUCACCCUGGUAACUUUUUGCAUCACAAAGAGGAUAAUUCAUUCACUGGUUGUGGUAAUGAUACUGGGGUGAGGGUUCAGUCCAUCUGUUCAGACAGACAGGACACAGGCAUUACAGAUGAAGAUGCUACAAAAAGUUUGAAAAACUGGAUGGACACAACCACGCGUCAAAGCGGGUUCCAGAUGGCCAGUGGGAAAGGGAUUCCUAUUUCAGCAAAAGCUAUACAAGAGGCAGAUGCUUUCUUCAAAGACUGUGACAAUAUGGACAGUAAUGCUGGCAUGUCAGUAAAACAUAAAAAGAGCAUAGAAGCCGGGCCUGGAAGUGUCAGUCAUAAGGGAGACCUUCCAAAAUGUAAAAAUGUUCAAGGGAUGAAAGGAAACCUUUCUGAAGAACCAAUCAAUGAGUUUGAAAAUGUGAAUGCUGGACCAGCUGCUCACCAUACAGAGGUUGUACAACAUAAUGUGGAGAUUCACACUUUUGGAUUUGAGAAUACCCCGGCUUUAACAAAUGCAGCCUCUUUCAGUGGAAACCCGUCUACGACUGCAAAGGCGCUUUCAUCUUUCUCAUGCGCAGCAUCAAAGAAUUUUGGCUCCCCUGCCGUCAACGAAUUGAGCAACGGUGGCGGAUUCUGCACAGCCAGUGGGAAGAAAGUAUCCACGUCAGCUGAUGCACUGAAAAAGGCGGAGCGUCUUUUGAAUGAGAUUCAUACACUUGAGGAUGCAAACAAACAACUGAAAGGAAAAGGAGAUGCUUCAAGAACGGGUCAUCUCACCAAUCAAAUUCCGGUUUCACCACCUAAAAAUGGCGGAUUUCAGACAGCCAGUGGCAAAGGAAUGGUCAUUUCAUCUGCAGCUCUCAAAAAAGCAGAAAUGUUGUUGAGUGAACGUGAUGAAGUUGAGGAUAAAAUCGGUGUAAAACCAACACAUUUCAAGAUGCCACCACCCAGGAAUAGUGGAUUUCUUGCAGCCAGUGGUAAGCCAGUGGCACUGUCAGUUGAGGCCCUCCAGAAGGCAAAGGCUCUCUUCAGUGACAUCAGUUUCAGUGCAGAGAUCCCAGCUGUUUCAGACACAAGAAUCAGUGACAAACAAGUCAAUGCUGAAAAUACAGAGAAAAUACAUUGUGGUUUCACAACUGCAGGGGGAGUAAAAGUCCACGUUUCACAGAAAAAUCUGUUGAAAGCAAAAAACCUUUUGACAGAACAUGAUGAUGGUUCUAUUUCAGCAGAAGCAAUGCAAGAAGCAGAUGCUUUCUUCAAGGACUGUGACAUUUUGGAUGGUAAUGAUGGCAUGCCAGUAAAACAUAAGAAAAGUAUAGCACCUGUGAGUGGAAGAGGCAGCAAGAAGAAAAACCUUCCAAAAUUUAAACAAGAUCAAAGGGUGACACACAUUUCUGAAGUAAACCGUGAAAACAUGCUGCAUCCUGAUGAUCACAAAGGUGUUCUUAAGAACACAUUGGAUUCUACCAACGCAGCUUCUUCAUAUGUAAACUCAUCUUUGAUGACGAAGCCACUUUCUCCCCUGUUGUGCGCAACAUCAAAGAACAUUAGUUCCCCUGCCAUCAAUGACUUGAGCAAACGCGGUGGAUUCUGUACAGCCAGCGGGAAAAAAGUAUCCGUGUCAGAUGACGCAAUGGCAAAAGCAAAGUCUCUAUUGAAUGAAAGUGCUACAUUUGAGGACACAAACAAACAACCGAAACAAAAAGAAGACACUGUUCCACCACAGAACGGUGGAUUUCAGACAGCCAGUGGCAAAGGAGUUGCCAUUUCAUCUGCAGCCCUAAAGAAAGCAAAAACUCUGUUAAAUGAAUGUGAUGAAGAUGAAGAUAAAAUCGGUGUAAAACCAACUCACUCCGAGAUGCCACCACCCAGGAAAAGUGGAUUUCUUGCAGCCAGUGGUAAGCAAGUGUCAUUUUCAGCUGAGGCCCUCCAGAAGGCAAGAGCUCUCUUCAGUGACAUCAGUUUUAGUGCAGAGAUCCCAGCUGUUUCAGACGCAAAGAUCAGUGACAAGAAACAAGACAAUGAGAAAAUUCAUUGUGGUUUCACAACUGCAGGGGGAGCAAAAGUCCAUGUUGCACAGAAAAGUCUGCUGAAAGCAAAAAACCUUUUGACAGAAUUUGCUGAUGGGGAUUGUCAUGAUUCAAACUCAUCCUCAAGAAGCCCACAUGACACCCAUAAGAUAGAUCUAUCAAGAGGGAAAGGUGUGAAUAGAACUUGUAAUCUCACCACAGCCAGUGACGAGGACAUGCCUACUAAGUUCAGUGCCCCUCAGGUAGUUAAAUCUUUAACCCCUUUGCAAGAAACUGACCAUGAAAAUGAAGCUCCUCAAACUGCAAGUGUGCAUGGUUGCCUUUUUAUCAAAGACAAGGCACCUACAGAUGCAUUUAAGUUAAAAGAAGGCAAAAUUACCUCAGCAGUGGUGGGCAGACCUGGAAAGGACAUGUCAAGUGUGUUGGACUAUGAAAUAAAUGUGGCAAGCGGCAGCAGUGAAGGAUCUAAGGUCAAAAGGCCAGAAGAGUCUUCAGUUCUCAACUUUCAGUCACUUAACCUGAGUGGCUGCACUGAAACCCAGCAGGAGUUUUUCGCCCAGGAAGCUCUGGACUGCACUAAAGCUUUGUUAGAGGAUGAAAGUCUAGCUGGCCAGAGUCUCUCAAUGUCUGAAAAUGUGCCAAAAUCCAGCUUCCGAUCUGUAGAGGACCAAAAAGGAACAGGGAAAAGACCAGCAGAAGACCCAGAUAUGACUGGUCAGCCUCCCCUGAAAAGACGAUUACUGGAAGAAUUCGACAGGGCCGGUGAUGGUCCAAAAGGUUCAGCUCUCCGUCCAGAAAAAAGUUCUCCAAAUGGUGUAAUGAGAGACAGGAGGGUUUUCAAGUACAGCGUCUCUCUCCAUCCAAACAUCACAGGGCCGCACAGGAAUGGAAAAAAACAUGUGGAAACCAGUUUGCAAAAGACAACCCCAACACAAUACUCAACGUCAGGAGACGGCAGAUCAGCACAUUCCAAGAUGCCGGCGCUUGUUCCUCCGUUCCUCAAGAAUGCAAAGACAGAGAGUCGCAAGAAUACAGUGCUCAAGGACAACAUAAGAACACCUUCUGCAUUUGUUCCUCCGUUCAAAAAACAAAGAACUAUUGUCCAAGAGAGCUCCUCUAAACCACAGGAGGAGGAGGAGGAGGAGGAGGAUAAACACAACCAUCCCUUUGUAACACCCUUUAAAAGCAACACUUAUGUGCCGCCCACUGAAAAAACACAAAGCAGUACAGAUGUAACUGGUAAACAAGACACUGAGACGGUGGCCUUGGAUGACACUACAAAUGAUAAUCAAAACCUUCCUGUUGGCUGUGGAUCAGAAGAUUCCGCUGCAUCCCGUGUGGAGGACACAUUGUCCAGAAGCCAAGACAUUCUUCAGAACGUAGAGUUGGCACGAGAUAUGCAAGACAUGAGGAUCAGGAAAAAGAAGCGCCAGACCAUUCGACCUUUGCCGGGAAGUUUGUUUCUAACCAAAACCUCAGGAGUGUCGAGGAUACCAUUAAAAGCUGCAGGAAAUGGAAAGCCUCCUGCAAGAUACUCCCAAAAACAGCUGUAUGGACGUGGAGUUCAUCGGCACGUGUGUGAGAUCACCAGUGAGACUGCAGAAUCCUUUCGCUUCAGUUUACAGCAGUUCAUCAAACGGGAAGCCUUUAUAGACGGAGGUGGUGUUCAGCUGGCUGAUGGAGGAUGGCUGAUCCCCAGCAAAGAUGGGACUGCAGGGAAAGAGGAGUUUCACAGAGCAUUAUGUGACACCCCAGGUGUGGAUCCUAAACUGAUCAGUGAGGGGUGGGUGUACAAUCACUACCGAUGGAUUGUGUGGAAGCAGGCCUCCAUGGAAAGAUCAUUUCCUGAAACAAUGGGCAGCCUCUGUCUCACCCCAGAGCAGGUUCUCCUACAGCUGAAGUACAGAUAUGAUGUAGAGGUGGACCACAGCCGCAGGCCGGCUCUGAGAAAGAUCAUGGAAAAGGACGACGCUGCAGCCAAAACCCUGGUCCUCUGUGUCUGCGGGGUCGUCUCCAGGGGUCACUCCCGAAACAGACAGAGUUUCAAUGACACCAAGACCCCACAAGAUGCUGACGCCAAGGUCGAAAACCCAUCUGCAGUUGUGUGGCUGACAGAUGGAUGGUACGACAUUAAAGCCCAGCUGGAUGAACCUUUGACUGCCAUGCUUCACAAAGGUCGAGUGGCUGUCGGUGGGAAGUUGAUCAUCCACGGGGCUCAGCUGGUGGGAUCACAAGAUGCUUGCUCCCCUCUAGAGGCACCUGAGUCUCUCAUGUUAAAGAUUUGCGCCAAUAGCAGCAGACCCGCACGAUGGGACGCUAAACUGGGAUUUCACAAGGAUCCACGGCCAUUCCUGCUUCCUGUCUCCUGUUUGUACAGCAGUGGAGGACCAGUAGGAUGUGUGGACAUCAUCAUACUGAGAAGCUACCCCAUACAGUGGAUGGAGAGGAAACCAGAUGGAGGCGUCGUGUUCCGUUCUGUACGUGCAGAAGAGAAGGAGGCGAGACGAUACAACAGCCACAAACAAAAAGCUAUGGAGAUCCUAUUCGCCAAGAUUCAAGCGGAAUUUGAAAAAGAGGACAAAGGUAAUAACAAACCUCAACGUAGAAGACGGACAAUCAGCCGUCAGGGCAUUGCAAAUCUUCAAGAUGGAGAGGAGCUCUAUGAAGCAGUGGGGGAUGACCCAGCUUACCUCGAGGCUCAUCUGAGUGAACAGCAGUUGGAGACUCUACGCACCUACAGGCGUUCUCUGAUGGAGAAGCAGCAAGCUGAACUGCAGGAUCGCUACCGACGAGCUUUAGAGAAUGCAGAGGACAGCGAAGGUGGCUGUCCAAAGCGAGAAGUCACGCCUGUGUGGAGACUCUGCAUUGCUGACUCCAUGGACCAACCCGGCAGUGUUUACCAGUUGAACCUUUGGCGACCUUCCUCGGAUCUUCAGUCUUUACUGAAGGAAGGCUGUCGAUUCAAAGUCUAUAAUCUCAGCACUUCGGACGGAAAGAAACAUGGUGGUAGCUGUUCAACUGUUCAGCUGACUGGGACGAAGAAAACACAGUUUCAGGACCUACAGACUUCUCAGGAAUGGUUAUCAACACGUUUUCAACCGAGGGUCUCGACCCAUUUUGUGGAUCUUCAAAACCAAGAAUUUCAGUCGCUGUGUGGAGAAGUUGAUCUCACAGGAUAUGUCAUCAGUAUCCUAGAUAGACAGGGUUUCUCUCCUGCAUUUUAUUUGACCGACGGGAAACUGAACUUUGUUAAAGUACGCUGUUUCAGCAGCUUUGCUCAGUCUGGCUUGGAGGAUCUGGUAAAACCACGUGUGCUGAUGGCUCUGAGCAACCUGCAGCUGAGAGGUCAGUCCAUGUCUCCCACUCCUGUUGUGUACGCCGGAGAUCUGACAGUCUUUUCAACAAACCCCAAGGAGGUUCAUCUGCAGGAAUCCAUCAGCCAGCUCAGAAACCUGGUUCAGGGUCAGGAGAACUUCUUUCCAAUUGCCGAGGAGACGCUUUCACAUUUAGUCGAAUCUGAUGGCCUGAGGUCCGUCUCCUCUCCAGCUCUGCAACCACGAACCCCAGCUUUUACAACGGUGAAGUCUCAGCAGCCAGUCAGAAGCAUUGGAUCCUUCACUCCUGUCAGCAGGAAACCUCCUGCAGCAGACUGUUCGACAGAGAAAGACCCCAGCAGCCUGAAGAAGAGGAGAGCUCUGGACUAUCUGUCUCGUAUCCCGUCCCCACCACCUCUCCCCCAUCUGGGCUCAGGGGCUUCUCCGUGUGUAAAUAUGACGUUCAACCCCCCGCGGAGGUCUGGGACACCUAGCACUUUAAAAACUGUACAGACUCCAGCUCGCAAACCUGUCACUUCAGCGGUGGAGGACGAAUGGGUAAAUGACGAGGAACUGGCAAUGAUUGAUACUCAGGCAUUGCGUGUUGGUGGUUUACUGUAGGUACAUGAGACUGAAUGAUGACAAGCACACUACAACUUUUAAAAAAAAACUGUACAAAUUGACUGAAUGUAAAGGCUGCAUAUGCAACAUGUUCUGUGGUUGUUUUUGUACACUCACUGGGCCCAUUAAAGAGGUGAAAUCACUUCGGAUUAGUAAAA